UUCAUGAAAAUGAAAUGUUAGAAAAUAAAAUAAAACAUACAGUAUAUACUUUAUUUUCCCAUUUGUCAAGAAAAAAUUGAACGUUUAACGGUUGAAGCAAAAACUGGAAGACAGACAGACAGACAGAGUCCAGUGAUCGAGAGGAAGAAGAAGAUCAUUCUUCCAAACGACAAGUCGUUUCUCUUCAGGUGAAUUUUGGCGACGUGAAGAAAUCUGGCGUUUGAUUUUGUCAAAGAUGGACAAGUCAAGUGCAUUGGAGUAUAUCAACCAGAUGUUUCCUACAGAGGCGUCUUUGUCUGGAGUUGAGCCGCUGAUGCAAAAGAUACAUAGUGAGAUUCGUCGCGUAGAUGCCGGAAUACUAGCCGCUGUUCGGCAACAGAGCAAUUCGAGAACAAAAGCGAAGGAAGAUCUUGCUGCUGCUACACAUGCUGUGGAGGAACUCAUGUACAAGAUUCGGGAAAUAAAAUCCAAAGCUGAGCAGAGUGAGACGAUGGUUCAGGAAAUAUGUCGUGACAUCAAGAAGUUGGAUUUUGCAAAGAAGCAUAUAACAACCACAAUUACAGCUCUGCAUCGUCUCACUAUGUUAGUGUCUGCUGUUGAGCAGCUUCAAGUGAUGGCUUCCAAACGGCAAUAUAAGGAGGCAGCUGCCCAGCUGGAGGCAGUAAAUCAAUUAUGCAGUCAUUUUGAAGCCUAUAGGGAUAUACCAAAGAUCACAGAGCUCAGGGAGAAGUUCAAAAAUAUUAAGCAACUACUCAAGUCACAUGUAUUUUCUGAUUUCUCAAGCUUAGGUACUGGAAAAGAAACAGAGGAAGCUAAUUUACUUCAGCAUUUAUCUGAUGCGUGCUUAGUUGUUGAUGCUUUAGAGCCAUCUGUGAGGGAAGAGUUGGUAAAUAAUUUUUGCAGCAGGGAGCUUACUUCCUAUGAACAGAUCUUUGAAGGAGCUGAACUAGCUAAGCUGGAUAAAACUGAACGAAGAUAUGCGUGGAUCAAGCGUCGGAUAAGAACAAAUGAGGAUACAUGGAAGAUCUUUCCUCCCUCAUGGCAUGUUCCUUACCGGCUCUGUAUCCAAUUCUGUAAGAAGACAAGGAAGCAACUGGAGGUGAUACUUGAUUAUCUCAAAGAGAAGCCUGAUGUUGGAACCUUGUUGAUGGCACUACAAAGAACUCGUGAAUUUGAGGAUGAAUUGGCCGAGAAAUUUGGAGGAGGCACUCGAAGUAGAGAGAUUGGAAAUGAGAUUGAAGAAAUUGGUAAAGAAAAUAAUGGUCAAAGCGUGUCAGAUAUUCGAAAGAAGUAUGAAAAAAAGUUUGCUGCAAACCAAGGGAGCGUGCCUGAAGAGAAGGAUGGAAAUAAAGAUUUGUCAGUGCCAGGAGCUGGGUUUAACUUCCAUGGGAUCAUAUCAUCUUGCUUUGAACCUCAUUUGAUAGUAUAUAUCGAACUGGAACAGAAAACACUGAUGGAGAAUCUGGAAAAACUUGUUCAGGAGGAAACAUGGGAUAUCGAGGAGGGUGGUCAGAAUAAUGUCUUAACAAGUAGCAUGCAGUUGUUUCUUAUAAUCAAGAGGAGUUUAAAGAGGUGUAGUAAUCUCACAAAGAACCAGACAUUAUUAAAUUUGUUCAAGGUAUUUGAAAGAGUUCUCAAAGCAUAUGCAGCAAAGCUAAAGGCAAGACUACCUAAGGGUGGUAUGGGGAUUGUUGCAGCAGCCACGGGUAUGGAUGGACAAAUAAAGACAUCUGACAGAGAUGAAAGGGUGAUUUGUCUCAUUGUCAAUUCAGCUGAAUACUGCCAAAUAACGUCCGGUGAACUGGCUGAAAGUGUAUCCAAGAUAAUCGAUCAUCAAUUAGCUACUGGAGUGGAUAUGUCAGCAGUUGAGGAAGAAUUUUCAGGGCUUAUUACAGAGGCAUUAAUGACCCUAGUGCAUGGCCUGGAAACUAAAUUUGAUGCUGAAAUGGCUGCAAUGACACGUGUUCCAUGGGCAACACUUGAAAGUGUUGGCGACCAAUCAGAGUAUGUGAAUGGCAUAAAUAUGAUCCUCUCAAGCAGCAUUCCGGCACUAGGAAGACUUCUUUCACCGAUACAUUUCCAGUACUUCUUGGACAAGCUUGCAUCAUCCCUUGGCCCACGCUUCUUUGCUAACAUUUUCAAAUGCAAGCAAAUAUCAGAAACUGGAGCCCAACAAAUGCUUCUAGAUACCCAAGCUGUCAAGACAAUUCUUCUGGAGGUUCCUUCCCUUGGUCGACAGACAUCAAGUGCUGCUAGCUAUUCGAAGUUUGUUAGCCGUGAGAUGAGUAAAGCUGAAGCACUUUUGAAGGUUAUACUCUCCCCAGUUGAUUCUGUAGCAGAUACAUAUAGGGCACUGCUACCAGAGGGAACACCAAUGGAGUUCCAGCGAAUUCUGGAGCUAAAGGGUCUUAAAAAAGCAGAUCAGCAGACUAUACUUGACGACUUCAACAAGCACAGCCCUGCAAUUGCUCAACCUUCAAUUGCACCAGCUGCCGCACCAGCUGCCCCCCCUGUUCCUGCAAGUCCUGCAAUUGCCAACUCUACAGCUGGAUUUAUUGCUUCCCGAGAAGAUGUACUUGCUAGAGCUGCUGCACUUGGACGUGGCGCUGCCACAACCGGUUUCAAACGGUUCCUUGCUCUAACUGAAGCAGCAAAAGACCGGAAGGAUGGCCCGUUUAGAAAACUCUUCAAUGCAUGAAAUUCACGCAAUAUUGUACGUGUACAUGAGGCGCUCGUUCAUCUUUCGUUUUUCUGUAAGUUCAUAGGUUUCAUCACUUUUUGGUCACAUAAUGAUGUCAACAACUACCUAUAAAUUUUGUGUACGAGAAAAGAGUCGGUUCUUCAGAAAAUCCCCCUCCAUUUGCCCCUUUCGGCUACAAGAGUAUAGGUAAAAGUUGAAGCCAAGCCAUAUUUUGCUUUUGCAUGAAUGGAUUACUUACAGCAUCUUUGUAGACUUCUGAAUUGAAAUUUGGAGGUUCUAAUAAAAUUUCAUUUUUAGAAUUA